CCCCCAUAUCCAAUGCCCCCAGCUCCUUGGACGAUUAGGUGAGCAAGCAAGCCGCGGCCUUUCAAGCCUUCGACCUCGCUCUUUCCCAGCCUCUCCCCCAAACGACGCACAGCACUCCUCACAACAACUCUGCUCCGCCAUCCAGCUCCAUCGACAGCCUCAUCGUCCUCAUCAUCUACCACCUCGCUCCAUCUGCCGCAUUGGCCCCGUCAACUGCCCGCAGCGCAUCGAUUGCGACCCACGACGCCCUUCCCGCACGCUCAACCGCCCGUUGCAUCAUUACGUCAUAUCGCAAUGGCCGACAGCUCAGCUCCCGUUAGCAGCGCAGCUCAGCCGAGUGUCGACCCAGUUGCCGCACCCGCUGCCGACAAUGCGCUGCCCAAGAACCCGCUCCCCGGCGCCGAAGCUGACAAGCCGGCCGAGGCCCCUGCUGCUGCCCCUGCAGGAGGCGCCGAGCCUCUUCCCUUAGCUCCUGAGACCAGCAAGCAGGGAGAUGCUCCUGCCACUCAGGCUGAGGCUACUGCCACGAGUGAUGCCGCUGCGGGUAACAGCAACGGUGUCAAUGGCACUGCGACCGCCGCCAAGUUCGAGCCUGUCGUCCCGGAGGAGAAGAAGGCGGCCAACACCGCCGCUCCCACCCCUGCUGUGGAGACCCCGGCCGCUCCGUCGGCAGCCCCCGGAACAGGCGCCUCCGAGUCGACUGCCCCGGAACAGGCGCCCGUUAUGACUGGUGCACUUACUGGCUCUGAAGCAAAGCCGGCCGAGCCAACCAAUGACGAUGGCGUCAAAGAUGCUUCCGCUGCUCCUGCCACUGCUUCGGCUGCUGCCGCUACUACUACUGCUGCUGCUGCUACUACUACUACUGCUACUGCUACCAACCCUGCCGAGCUGAACGGUGCCAGCGAGAAAGAUGUCGAGAUGAAGGACAGCACCGACGCAGCUCCAGCUCCUGAGACUUCUGGUACUUCCUCGACGGCGCCAGCUGCCCAAGAGAAACCGGCGCCUGUUCCCGCAGCCACGGCUGAAGCAACUUCCAACACUGGAGCUGCAAGCACCUCCGCGGAGACCGGCGAGAAGCGCAAGGCCGAGGUGGCUGGCACCAAUGGGGCUGCUGCGGACGGGGAGCCCGCCGGGAAGAAGCAGAAGCAGGGUGUGAUCGGCAAGGUCGUUGAAAAGGCCAAGGAAGUCGUCGAGGAGGUAAAGGAGAAGACCGAGUCCAAGAAGGACAACGGUCCGACUCGGAAGGGCAGCAAGAAGGGCAAGAAGGAGGUCCCGCCGGCACCCGUCGGCCGCACGGCGCGCAAGACGAGGAGUCAGGGAACCGCUGAUUAAGUGGUGUUGAGAAAUGCGACUGGGGUCUGUUUGGGUGAUUGAUUAGUGGCCUGCCUACCAGCGGCGGCUGAGCUACGUACGGUAUGCCACUUCGGGUGGCCGAAUGAACAGGAAGCACCAGUAGGUAAAGUUUCUUCCUUCUGGGAUCGGGGUUGGAAGGUCACGCGGGCCCAACAGCGUGAACGGGCGGAAAAUGGGGUGCCUCGGACUCUGGAGUUUUGCUUUCUCUUGCCUUGAUUGAUUUCGUGACGGUCUUGAUCUGCUUCCGGUUGCUUUCAGUACCGCUGGUGCGCUCAUGAUGAUUGUAUAUACGCUGCUAUGAGCGCAGAAAAGCAGAAUCCACGUUGACUUACACUGAAUUAUCUGACCGGUCUCACAGUCGCAAGUAAGUAUUGUGACUGCACGCCCAGGACCCGCGUUUCAGGGGGCACUGUCAGGAUGGAUCACUAUGCUAGUUGAAAAGGUGAACUUUAUUAUGGCGCUAAGAGGUUCCACCUGGCCAAGUGCACUUACCGGGUAUAACCAGACCUAUGGAAACAAUGUGCAGUUGCAAAACACUAUAUUAAGCCAGGGUAUAUUGACUAGCGGCUACCAAACGUCUGAUGGAUAUCUG